AUGAAGAUUAUAUUAAGUAAAGUUCCGACUUUGGAUGAAGCUGAGCGGGUUGAGUGGUGCGAGAGGGCUUAUAAUUAUAUAUUUGAGCAAGAACCGCGACUUUACGCGCAUGUCGCAGAACAAAUUCUUGAAAAAAUAUCGAAUCAGAAUGUAGAGUUUUUCUUUGAAUAUUUUAGUACGGAAAAAAUACGACACGAGUUUGAGACAAAUAGAAAAGUGGUUCCAUUUUUCAAGACUUUAAGGGCAAUGAUAAAAGUUGUAUAUAUUAAAUCAAAAGGGAAUGCAACGAAUAAUCCAAUAUACAAAAAUGCGAUAGAGGAAGAUUUACAAAUAUUACAAUUGAUUGCAACAAAACAUUUGCCAACUGUCAAAGCAAGGAUUGAUUGGUUAGAAGUAUUAUUCAAUAUGUACACCUUAAUGCCUCAGACAUUACCCGAAGAUCCUAAGAUCGUAUUAGAGGCAAUUGUGUGUGGGUUGACUCUUAAAGCUCCUGGUGAAAUAAAAGAUUCCGAAUAUAAAUUUUUCGAAAUUGCGAUGGAAUUAUUUGAACGUUACAAACAUGACAAUCUUCAAAUCAUUUUAGUUGAUGUGUUCAAAAGGCUCUCAGCAAAAUAUCAAAUAAACACGGGAUCAUUAGCUCUAGUGAUUAGUCGAAUUCCACACAAUCUCAAGCAAGAUAUUAUUUUGCCUUUUAUUCAAAAGAUGUCUCAUGAUAAAGAAGUAGACUUUGGUGAGAUGUUACAGAAUAUGAUUAAAAUGCUUGAGCUUCCUUUUGUAAAAAAUAUUGGAAUUUGGACUGUCGAGUUAUUGGAUGCUAUGGUGGCAAUUAAAAAAUAUGACCUAGUUUUGGAGCUCGCUGAUUCUUGGAUUCAAUUCUACCUGCGUGAAGAAGUCAUGCCAGUUGCUACCUGUUUACUCUACAGAUAUCAACACUCGCCUAAAGUUUUUAAUCUUGUUGUCAAAAGUAUUAUUCCCAGAUUAGACUUGAUUGCAAAAGAGGGGGAUCAACAACAUCUGUUGAACGACCUUUCAGAAGUAACUCAAUGCCUUAUGGUCCAUUUUCCAUCAAAUCAAAAAGUCUAUUCAGAUAUUCAAGAAAAAAUAACAGAACUCGGACUGAAAAGGAUUUCCGCAUUAGAUGCAAAGAAAAUAUUGGAAGAAAAACAAAUUAUCAGAACUUCGAUAGGAAAUAAAAAUGGAAACCAUAGAGAAGAAAAAGAAACAAAACUAGCAGCAUCAGCACCAGUCAAUAAGAGAGGACAACAGCCACAGCGGAAAUCAAAAACAGGUCUUAAAAAUCUUCGGAAUACAUGCUUCAUGAAUAGCGUACUUCAGGCAUUAUUUAAUUCGGUAGAAUUUCGUGAUCGUGUCUUGGGUAUCACUAGGGUUUCUCGCACGUCAACGACUUUCGCCUUACAACAAUGCUUUAGCGCAAUGUCGGAAGCAAAUAAACCUUGGUAUUCGCCAAAGUCAUUGUUACAGGCGCUUCCAAGUUGGCUCAAUGAUGGAAGGCAACAGGAUUGCCAUGAAUUUCUGAAUCAAAUGGAAGAUGAAGCGAUUAAAUCUGUUCCCAGUUGUAAAAAAAGACGUCUAGACUAUGAAGACAUCGAAGUGGAAUCUCCUCCGUCAGCUCCCGAAGUUGAUAUCCCACUCGUUCCAUUCACAGGAAAACUUCAAAAUAUGAUAAGAUGUCUAAGUUGUGGCAGUGUAUCCAAAACUUUGGAGGAGUUUCAUGAGUUGACUUUGUCUCUUCAAUUAGAUACUCGAUCAAAUAAGAAUAAUAAUAAACUGUUAGUCCCCGAUAUGAUCAAACAGUUACUGUCACCCGAGAAACUAAAAGGAGAUAAUCAAUAUUCAUGUGAUGUCUGCCAUGGACUUCGCGAUGCUUUUAAGACGACGCGAAUAGUAGAUCCACCAACAUAUUUAAUUCUAACAUUGAAUCGAUUCGAGUAUGACCGAGACAUGCAACGCAGAAUCAAGAUAAGGACACCGAUUGUAAUUCAAGAUUCACUCGAACUGUCAUAUGAACCCUUGGAUCAAGAUAAUGUUAUGAAUUCGCCAAACACUCAAAGUGACGCUACUGGAGAAACAUGUGUUUCAAACGAGGACGACGAAUCUGAGACAAAUACAAAUAUGACUGUCUCUCAAAGUGGUAUAAGUACUGAAUAUGUAGAAGUCGAAAUGGAUAAGGAGGAAGAUGAGAAAUCAGAUGACUAUGAACAAGUUAAUAAAGACGAAAAAUCAGAUGAAGAACUUGUUGACGCGAGCGAUGAUAUGGAUGACGAUAAAAGAAACGCAAAUGAUACUAUGGAUGACGAUAAAAGAGACGUAAUUGAUGAUAUGAAGGACGAUAAAGAAGAACUUCUUAACGCAAGUGAUAAUAUGGAUGACGAUAAAAGAGAUGUAAAUGGUAAUAUGGCUAAUGAUAAAAGAGACGCAAAUGAGAAUAUGGAUGACGAUAAAAGAAGUACAAGUGAGAAUAUGGAUGAUAAAAGAAAUACAAAUGAGGAUAUGGAUGACGAUAAAAGAAAUACAAGUGAGGAUAUGGAUGACGAUAAAAGAAAUACAAGUGAGGAUAUGGAUGACGAUAAAAGAAAUACAAGUUCUAAUGCGAAUGAUGAUAAAAGAAACACAAGUGUUAAUAUAAAUGACGACAAAAGAGAUACAAGUGAUAAUAUGAGUGAUGAUAAAGGACAACUUAUUGACGCAAGUGAGAAUACGGAUGACGGUAAAAGAAAUGCAAGUGAGAAUACGGAUGACGGUAAAAGAAAUGCAAGUGAGAAUAUGGAUGACGAUAAAAGAGAUACAAGUGAGAAUAUGGAUGACGAUAAAAGAGAUACUAAUGAGAAUAUGGAUGACGAUAAAAGAGAUACAAGUGAGAAUACGAAUGACGAUCGAGAACUUGUUGAUGCAAGUGAUAAUAUGGAUGACGAUAGAUAUGUAAAAGUUGAUGAAUCUCCGAAUUAUGAUGAUAUGGAUAAUCAACAACACAAAAACCAAAUACAAACAAAUGGAGAUAGUGAAGCUGAGACUGCACUUAAUACAUUUGCGCAAGAACCUUCAAUCACACGAUAUUCAUUGGCUUCUAUUGUGGUGCAUUCAGGAUUCUCAGCUGAAUAUGGACAUUAUUAUACUUAUGCAAAAGAUGAAG